AUGACAAAUUACGAGAUUCCGCUCAUCAAUAUCCGCCCAUUCUUGGACCCGACCUCGAGUCAAAGAGAUCGAGAUGCUGUUGUGUCACAAGUAAGCGAUGCGUGCAAAGUUUAUGGAUUCUUCCAGCUUGAGGGCCAUGGUGUUCCACUAGAUCUUCAGACCAAGGUGCUCGAGUGUGCCAAAUUAUUUUUCGAUCUGCCCCUGGAGGAGAAGCAAAAGGUUGGCAUGGAGCAUGCUCUGGGAUCCUCCAAAAGGGGUUAUGAAGUGAUCGGGGGUCAGCAGUUGCAGAAUGAUACGCUGCCUGAUCUGAAAGAGGUUUGGCAAUUGGGCAAAGGUUCCAUCUGCAGGCCGGGAACUUUCCAGGGUCCUAAUCUCUGGCCAGCACUGCCCCGAGAAAAGUUUCAGGACCCCGUCUAUGAGUAUCGUCAGAGGAUGCUUGAUCUUGCACAUCUGCUCUUGAGAAUCCUUAUCUCGGGUCUGCCAUACGACUCAAAGAUGUUCGAUAACUUUAUGCUGCAGCCUGUCGCGAACGUGAGAUUACUUCACUAUCCUCCGCAGCUUUCCAAAGAUGUCAGACAGCUUGGAGCUGGAGCGCAUACCGACUUUGGAUGCAUAACGGUGCUCCUGCAACAGCCUGAGCAGACAGGACUCCAAGUCCUCUACCCUCCGACGGAUAGUUGGAUUCCCGUUCCGGCCGUCGCCAAUCGCUUUGUUGUUAAUAUCGGCGACCUCCUUUGUGGGUGGACACGUGGGGCGUAUCGUAGCGCCGUUCACCGAGUAAUCAACGCCGGUGACAAUCACCGCUACAGCGCUCCAUUCUUUUAUAGUGGAAACAUGGCAUUCAAAUUGCGGCCUUUGGAUGGCAGCAGCGAUGAGAAUGCUAUUACGGUCGAGGAGCAUAUACUGAGAAAGUUCAAAGCAAGCUACGAUAUUGAAGUAAAGUGA